GUUCGCUUCAUUCCCAUGUAUUAAAGCCGAAGCUAGGCUUCCCAGUCAUUUCUUUUAAUACUGUCAUCAUCUACAAAGUGUUGAUAUGCCCCAUGCUGAAAGUCAAAAUGAAAAGCGCGAGGCAGAUGCUGCUGGUAUAACGCGUGAACGGGAGUCUUGGUAUGUUGGCUAUGGACGCACGCCUAUUCUUGGAGAGAUGGAAGUCAACAUGACGCGACGUGAACGUCGUCGGUCGAGACGUUUUCAUCAUUUUGCGCUCUUGACGGUCUUGCUUGUCUUCAUUCAUUAUUGGCGGUCUAAUACUUGGUUUCCGUUAUCUGUUGGACCUAAAGGAGGUGAUGAGAAGCCUGGAAAUGUCGAAAAUGCUCCUUAUUGGUUUAACUGGACUGCACAACGGCCAUCGAAAGCACUCAAUUGGACAGACUGUUAUGAGCGAUUCCAGUGUGCUAGACUGACGGUGCCUAUGUUGUAUGAUGAGCCAUCUGGAGAAGAAGCGGCUGUCGCGUUGGUCAUGUCUCCGUCGAUUUAUCCACCAGGGCACGAAAAGUACCGAGGUCCUAUCCUGUUCAAUCCUGGAGGACCAGGAGGGUCCGGAGUGGAGACUGUAUUGUUACUUGAAGAGGCUUUCAGGACAAUUUUGUCUGAUGGGUUUGACCUCGUCGGCUUUGAUCCAAGAGGUGUUGGAUUCACAACUCCUUCACUAACUGCUUUCGCGGAUCGAGUCGAAGCUGGCAAGUUCUUCUCGCAAUUCCCUCUCGACCUCAAUGCGUCUAUGUCUUCGCUUGGAGAAGCAUAUGCGCGAGGGAAAAUUCUUAGCAACCUUGUAAAGGACCGCGCUCGAUAUGUUGCCGAGAGAGUGUCAACUCCACUUGUCGCUCGUGAUAUGCUGAGCAUUGUAAAAGCGUUCGGACAGGACAAAAUUCAAUAUUGGGGAUUCUCUUAUGGAACAGUCCUUGGUGCAACGUUUGCAGCAAUGUUCCCAGACAAUGUUGGACGACUGAUCAUUGAUGGCGUCGUAGACACGGAAGAUUAUUACAAAGGUGCAUGGGGGAACAAUCUCCGAGACACAGACAAAGCACUUCAGGUAUUUUACCAAUCAUGUGUUGCUGCUGGACCGUCAAAAUGCCCUUUAUACGAAAACAGCACGUCACUCGUCCAGGCACGAGUUGAGCGUGUGCUGAACAAGCUAAAAUCGGCCCCAAUACCCGUCUAUGGCUCCCUGUUUGACGCCCCUAUAGAAUUUAGUGUUAUCGAUUACGGAGUGGUGAGGAAUGUCAUACUCGUCAUUCUGUACAACUUGCAUGCGCUCGGCCGAUUCCUUGCGGAAACACUUAGCGAUCUUGAAGACGGACAUGCAGAUUUACUUCAUUUUAUUUCGGUGAGGCGUGUGUUCGAUCAGCUCAUGAAGUGCGAUUGCCCUGCGCCUGGAGAGGCACCUGCUCCGUUCAGUGGGUUCUAUGAGACGACGUAUUCGAUUGCAUGCGGUGAUGCGGUGGAUCGUGAUGAUGACCUUGAAAGUGUACGUCAAGCAUUCGAUGAGAUGGCUAAGAUGUCAAGCUUUGCACCGUCCUGGCCUCAUGGAGUUGCCUGCGCUGUUUGGGAGUUGCGAUCAAAGGAGCGGUUCAAUGGGUCAUUUGAGCAAACUACGAGCCAUCCCUUGCUUCUGAUCGGAAAUACAGCAGACCCCGUGACCCCUGUUUGGAAUGCCCAUAAGGUCUCAAAAUGGUUCAAGGACUCAGUAGUCCUGACGCAGGACUCUCCAGGACACUGCUCGAUCGCAGCAGCGUCGCUUUGCACGAUCAAAGCUGUCCAGGACUAUUUCAUCGAUGGAACUCUCCCUGAAGAAGGUAAAGUCUGCGACGUGCAGAGCAGUAUAUUCGGAGAGAAGGAGUUCAGUUUGGAUACUUUGGGUGUGGAGGACAGGAAAUUGAUGGAAGCGGCACAGAAGCUUCAGGAGAAUUACUUCGUUCCGGUAAUUGGCGGUGGCGGAGUUCUGGGUGUAUGA